AUGGGCGAUCGUGGCUCAAGAGUGUUUAAUGAUCCCAUCCAUGGCCACAUCGAGUUACACCCACUUCUUGUCAAGAUCAUAGACACGCCUCAGUUUCAGAGAUUACGAAAAAUCAAGCAACUUGGAGGGGGUUAUUAUGUUUUUCCAGGAGCGUCACACAACCGCUUUGAGCACUCAGUUGGAGUGGGGCAUUUGGCAGGAGAGCUUGUAAAAGCUUUGAGGGCAAAACAGUUGGAGGAGCCGUCAAUGAACUCGGAAUCCCUCAUCAAUGACCGAGAUGUCCUUUGUGUGCAGAUUGCAGGCCUUUGCCAUGACCUGGGUCACGAGCCCUUUUCUCAUGUCUUUGAUGGAAUGUUCAACCUUCAAGCAGACCCAAAUGGUGAAAAAUGGGAGCAUGAGGACGCCUCUAUAUUAAUGUUUGAUCACCUAGUGGAUGACAAUAACCUGAAGCCACUGAUGAAUAAGUGCGGACUGAUAACAGAAGGUGACAGAUUAUUCCUGGAAAAAACGGUGCCUAAUGUUAUUAUUUUGGCUUCAUCUCCACAGCAGUUGUAUAGAGGUCGAAACAAUGAAAAAUCCUUUCUCUAUGAAAUUGUGGCAAACAAACAAAAUGGAAUAGAUGUGGACAAGUUUGACUACUUCGCAAGAGAUUGCCACCACCUGGGCAUCCAGAACAACUUUGACCAUCGACGCUUUAUCGUAUUUGCCAGAGUGUGUAAUGUGGAAGGGCAGUUACACAUUUGUUCUAGAGACAAGGAAAUGGCAAAUCUGUAUGACAUGUUCCACACAAGAAACUCUCUCCACAGAAGAGCCUACCAGCACAGAGUAAAAAUGUCAGUAGAGAUUAUUAUUAAAGACGCUCUCUUAAAAGCAGAUCAGGAUCCACACUUCCAAAUUAAAUGGGCAGAAGGGAACAUGUGCUCUCUCUCCGCAGCUAAAAGGCACAAGGAGGCGUACACCAAGCUGACAGAUGAAGUGAUUGAACAAAUACUCCACCAUGAUGCUUGUUCUUGUUCAAAUGAAUCCACCCCUUCCUCUCUGGAGGAGGCAGCACAGAUUAUACAGAGGAUAAUGUGUCGAGAUUUGUACCAGCUUGUGGGGUCUGCAGCCUUAAAGUACGCAGCCUCAACGGUCCUCAAGGGCCGCGUACUCAAAGACCGCUAA